GGAAUGAAAAUACUCAAACUGAACCAGAAAUGGAGGAGUCAGAAACAGGAUAUGAGAAGUUACAGCUUUACUCUGAAACAAGGAAAAAGCUUGAUGAACUUUACAACGACACUAUACAGUGUUUCAUGGACAUUCAUUCCGAUAGCCUUUUAAAAGACAGAAGCAAUAUCUUCAUGAGUGAUAUGGAGAAGAACGAUAUUCGUGAUGUUAUAAUUGGCGUCCCAACAUUGUAUUUCGUUGGUCAAGUUAACUGUGGUAAAAGUAGUGUUAUAAACGAACUGCUGGGAAAGACAGUGUGCCCAGCCUCCCAGACACCCAGCCUUCACAGACCUGUCAAGCUGCAGUACGGUUCAAUUCCUUUUGUCAGACUCCUCAACAAGGCUAGCAAAGAGAUAGCAGGUACGUACAAAAGACUAGAGAAAGCAAUCCCUCGGGAGUAUUUGGAGAGUGAUUCUGAUUUGUCAGCCGAGUACCCCAAUGAGAUGGUAGAGGCGUCCAUUAACCACCCGCUUAUGAAACAGGGGUUGCAGAUUAUCGAGCGUCCCCGUCUUGGUACCGGAGAUAGUAAGAUUAUAGCGUUUCUAAUCUAUGUGUUUGAUGCGAACUAUUGUAUAACUGAGGAAGAUACAGUUAGUUUGCUCUACUAUCAGGAAAACAUGCCCGACACACCAAUCUUUUUCCUGGUCAAUAAGUGUGAUAUUGAUGAAGAGGCAGCAGCGCUGGACGCCGAUUCUGACUCCGAAGAACGCAAACCCCGAAUUAGCGAGAAUGCUACUCACAGUAGUAACCGGGAGCGGACGAUGUUUGAUAAACUGAAAGAGAUGGGCUUCUUACAAAACUGUUCGGAUCCGGAAAAGUGCGAUAAUUAUUUUACUAUCAGCGCACGGCAGAGUAAAAGUGCUCGGCGCAACAGGGAAACUAACUUCUUUACUGAACAAUUUGAUAAAUUCCGGAAAGUUCUCAUUAAUUUCAUUCAGUUUAAUCUCCAAGAAGAGCUAAAAGAAGCGGUGCGAAGGAUUAACACCAUUCACACACGAUCUCUCGACUUCUUCAUAACACACGCCUUCAAACUGGCUCGAGACCUCCAGGCGACACCGAAACGUAUCAGUUACGUGAGAGCAGAGGAGAACAAAUUGUACAACAACCUCCUAGAAAUGGUACACGACAACCAGCAGGAAAUGUCAGGUAUAAUAGAGCAAAGCAUUGCAGAGAUAACACCUGACAUCCUGGGAGAAGCAGAGUCUUUUGAGUUCGAGAGAGUGAGGCUGAGUGAGAGUGGGAGACUAGCUGAUAUCAGACAGGUGAGGAGAUGUAAUGAUCAACUGGAAAAGUUGGUUUUGGAGAAACUAAAUGUACUUGUUUCUAAGAAGAUUGUACAAAGUGCUAGCUGCCUCCAAGAGAGUAUGAUAGGCACAUUGUCGCGAUGUUUGGCAAGACUGGAAGAAGAACAGGAGGACACAAACAACGGUCAGGCCAGGCAGGCUCUAACUAGGGUAGUCGCCUCCGCUUACGGCCUUGACUUUAGGGUCGCUAACCAGUUCUCAUCGGUUCAAGCCAUCUGGGAAAGCCUCAAGAUGAUGUUCCAGACCGGAUUUCCACAGCCUGUCCCGGACUCGGAGUGGAAACGCAAUACUGCUCAGAACAUACUUGGAAAGAUUCAAGCUGUUCCUAUGGCAAGAGGCAUAACUACCCAGUUCACUGAGAGACUCAACGAAAGCCACUCUAUUUUUGAGACAUCUAUGGACCAACUCCUGAAACUUCAUCAAGCUAGAUUAGGCCAGACGGAAGAGGACAGACAUCGCACUCGCACCGAAUACGCCCCAAGACUUGCCCGCCUCGCCCUCUACUCUACAUCACUGUGCGACCAGUUAGAAUACGGAAUUCCGAUACAAGGUCGUGAAAUAGGACGAGGUCACUUUGGCGUGGUUUACUCUUGUAUUAAAUGGGCUGGAAAGGGUCCGUUAGCUCUUAAGUCAGUGGUACCUCCCGACGACAAACAUUGGGGUAGCCUCGCUCUUGAAUUCUACUAUGCAAGGAACAUUCCAGCGCACAAGAACAUAUGUGGGUUUCACGGGGCCGUUCUAGACGAGUCCGUCAACGGUCACACAAUUGCAUAUCUGAUAAUGGACAGGUUGUCGCGUGACCUGUUUGCAGCCCUAAAGUCCAAGAGCCUGGAUCCCCGCACUAGGUUUAACGUCUCGCUGGAUAUCGUGGAGGGAGCUCGAUACCUCCACAAUCAAGGCCUCGUCCACAGAGAUCUCAAACUACAGAACGUCUUGCUGGACUCCAACAACAUGGCUAAGAUAACAGACUAUGGUUUUUGUAAACCUGAGGCCAUGAUGUCCGGGUCUCUGGUUGGCACACCCAUCUACAUCGCACCUGAACUAUUUUCAGGACUAUACGACAAGACGGUUGACAUCUAUGCGUUUGGUAUUAUAUUCUGGUAUCUAUGUAGUGGCCGAGCUGAGAGACCCAAAAACUUCAACUGCCGCACAUUCCCAGAGCUACAGGAUUUUGUAGAACGUGGGGGUCGACCAGAACGGCUUGUAGAGUUUGACGAUGAUAUGUGGAACUUAAUGUCACGGUGCUGGCACGUGGAUCCAUCUCAAAGACCUCUCUUUGGGGAUAUCUCCCUCGAGAUAAAACACAUCAUGGCGCUCACCUUCAAUAUUGAGGAGUCAUUCGAGAUCAUCUCAUCCAAUAUCUUGUCCUUGUGACGAAAAUUUUUUUUUUCUAGAACAUUCUAUAGACAUUUUCAUGUUUUUAAAUUGGCUGAUCCGUUUUUUUAAUGACGAUGAACGGGGUUUCGGUAUUAAGAGCAGAUUGGAAUUUUUACCAACAGUUUUAUUUACACCAGGAAAUAUGUUUUGAAUAUGAGAGCUUUUAUCCAUACUGUUUAUUUGAGUGGCCCUGGUGGCCGUGUACCAGUGACAUAUUAUUAUACAUAACAGAUACUUGGACAGUAACAAUCAAGUUUACGAUUUGAUCAAAAUGUAUAAUACGAAUUUAAUUUCAAAUAUGGGCGAGAUUUUUGUGACUGUCUAAAAAUUGAUUUGUACAAUCUACUGUACAAGUGAAUCAAAUUUUAAUCUUAAGUAGCUUAAGUCUUGACUAUUGUGGCGUUAGAUCAUAGAUCAUAGAUGUGGAAAACUUGCAUGCUUUAGGUUUACGACUGAGCGAUCCGCCGCAAGGUUUCUGUGUUCGUUUUUAAUCUAUCAUGUUUGAUUUUUUGUAAUCCUGGUGUCCGAUUCAGACUAAGUUUUCUUUUUCUUUUACAAAUCAGAAUUAUGCCGAAACUAUAUAUGGGAACUAGAUCCCUCCUUGAAACAACGGAAAAUUCUUGGAAAAAUCCAAAAGUGCGUCUCGUGCACCUUACUAGUACCACAAUUCUACACUGAAUUGUAAACAAAGCACUUUUGCGCCCGACCUGCGCCGAACUGGUUGAUUAAAUGUAAUUUUCGAAAUAAAAUUUGUAUUGAAAAUAAAUGAUGGUAUAAAACGUUUUAUUUUGAUUUUGUAAUCG